AUGACCGCCCGGCCCGAACCCCGCUCCCGGACCCGAACACGCACCGCCCGCCGCACCUCCCCCUGCUGCCGCCACCCCGACGAGCCCGCCACCGGCAUCUGCGCCUCGUGCCUCCGCGAACGCCUCUCCGGUCUCGACCCCAUCGCCGCCGUAGGUGCCCCCAACGCGCCGUCGCCGGAUCUCCGGCGAUGCAGGUCCGUGGUCACCUUCCCCAAAUUCGAAGGUUCUACCAGCGGCAGGAACGAGCCUCGCCGCAAAUCGUGCGAGGCUGUCUCGGAUCGGAGCUCCCUGUGCACUCUCUUCGACGUGGACGAUUUGCGGAGCGGAUCGGAAGAAGGCAAAGCUAGAGUUGAAUCGAAGAAUGUGGGGAAACAUGCGGGGUUCUCCAAAGCCGCCUCCGCCGCGAUCAAGCUGGAGAACAACAAUGGCGACGAGAUUAGGGUUUCGAGUCACAAAUUGGGGGAAUCCAGCGCUGAUGUCGAUGGGGAUAUCGAAAGAGGAGAUUUCAAGACGAUGAAAGAGUACAUAGAUCUCGAAUUCCAAAACAAGGCCAAGAAAUCCAAGGUUUUGAGAGAGAAAAUUACUGGAAAUCUCUUGGGCGCAGCCUCUGUUUUCACCAGGAGAUUAUUAAGCUGGAGACAGAACAAUAAUACCAAUCAGGUGAAGAAUCAGAAAAACCACAUGGAAGGGAGAAAAUCAGGGAAUGCUCCAAAUCCCGAGAUCUCGUUCGAGGAACCACGGGCUUCAUGGGAUGAGUUCAUGAUAGCCCGAACAAUUCCUAGGUUAACUCCCAUGUUAUCUGCAGUCGAGCACGGCAUCUUAGUGGGCACCAACAAGUUCGAGAGCCACAAGCUGUCGGUGGAUGGGGCAAUGCACUCGAUUGUCGAGGAUGAAAGCACUUCCGGGCACUCGGGCUCCGGCCACUCGAAUUCAGAUUCGUCUUUCACGGUGAGACGGUGCAGUUUCGAUCAAUCGAGCUCUGUCCGGAGUUUCGGGAAGAAACCAUCGGGCUCGGAGGAUCAUGAUAAUGUAAAGCUAGUGAUCACCGAGAAGGAGCUCAAAGACUGGCGUUUGAACGACGGGCUGGAAAAUGUUGGGCCUGUUUACGGUAAUGGAAAUAUAAAUGCUGCUAAUAUUGAAAAUGCUGCGAAAAAAUCCGUUGGGUGGCGUAAGGCUUGUUAUGCCUUUGGUUUCGGUCAAAAGUUUAGUGACAAUCACAAUACACAUGGAGGAGUUGGGCCCACGAGGGACGGUGUUCCUAGGCUUGCACGUAGCGUAAGUGUUGUGGGCCCUAGGAAUUCAUGUGAUUCUGUGGAGGCAAUUUAUCGGAGGAGAAGUGUAGAUGGUGGCCGUGAUUAUGGUUUGAAUGGGAUUAUCGAGGGUUUUAAGCUAGAAAAUGAUGCGGAAUUUGGUAAUAGGUGUUGUUCGGAUGGCGUUGGUGUUGGGAUAAAGCCAUUCUACAUGACCCCUUUGAGGAGCUUGAAGCAUAGCAAGUCUAGGAAGUUGAAGCUAUAG